CCCAUGAUUUCAUUGGUAAUUUCGUAUCAUAGAGUUUGGAGGCGUGAAGCAUGUUCAAUCUCCGUUACGACUAUCUGUGGCACUUUAAACGUGAGCGGGGCCUCUGAUGUGAGUAUUCAACUACUCAUCCAACAGCGUGCGUUCAUAAAAUGGAGAAAUGCUUGGGAAGCAUCAGAUGCUAUGAGCAGAAGUGGAUCAGGAUCACCUCCUUUACAUGAGCCUUGCUUGCAUGUCCUCACAAUUACACAACUCUUUUAAUCAUGUACCGUUGUGUUAUCAUCAGCAUCAUCCUCUACUGUGUGUUGAGCAGAACCACUUUGUGCAGUUAUGUGGAUCCACAGUUUGAAGCAUGUAAACCCCAAACAUGCGGCAACCAAUCCAUAAGCUACCCUUUCUACAUCCAAUACAAGCAGGAACCUUUCUGUGGGUACCCUGGUUUUGGCAUCUCUUGUGAUAGUAAUGGCUUCCCAGUUCUCAAUCUCUCUAAUACUCCUUACAUCAUCCAUCAAAUAUUCUACCACAACCAAUCACUUAGAGUCUCCAAUGCUGCCUUUUCAUCAACCAACACCACCACAGCUGAUUAUUGUCUUUCCCUUACACGGAACCUCACCCUUCCCUCAACCAUGAUCUUCAGUCUUGUUCAUCAGAAUCAUAAUAAGGACAUCUUACUGUUCUUCGGCUGUAACCUGUCAUCCCUGCCCACAGAGUUGACAGAUUACAGAAUUGGGUGUUCUGAAGCCAACAACAAAACGGGUGGUUCGAUUCUGGCAUUGUAUAAGGACGAUGUCAAAACAGUAAGCUCGGUGUCUAAGAGUUGCGGGAGGGGAGGAGAAGUGGUGCAUGCGGGGGUGGAAGAGAGUGAAGGAGGAGGGAUACAAGAGGCGCUGAGGAGAGGGUUCAUGCUGAAUUGGAAUGCGAGUGAUUGUAAGCCGUGCAGUAGCAGCGGAGGAAGGUGUGGCUUCAAUGUAACUAUGUAUUUUUUCCAGUGUUACUGCACUGAUAGAAUUCAUGCUUCCAGAUGUGUUAUUCCAGGUUUGUCUCUCUCUUUAUCUCUUCUCUUGAUUUCUUUUGCUCACUAUAAUUCCUCUGCAGCUGCUGCAGUUAUUCUGCUGUUAGUAAUGGUCACCUACUACACAAGAUGGAAGAAGGGAAACUCAAAACACCACCUGGUUGAUGCCUUUUUGGAGAGACAUGAACACCUUCAAAUCAAGAGGUACAGCUAUUCCGAGAUGAAGAAAGUGACCAAUUCCUUCAAAAACAAAUUAGGCCAACGGGGGUUUGGCAGUGUAUACAAAGGACAAUUACAGGAUGGACGACAUGUAGCAGUGAAGAUCCUAAGUGAACUGAAAGGUGAUGGUGAUGAUUUCAUCAAUGAAGUUGCUAGUAUGAGCAGAACCUCUCACGUUAACAUUAUUUCUCUUCUUGGAUUCUUCUUUCAAGGUUCCAAACGAGCUUUGGUUUAUGAAUUUAUGCCCAAUGGGUCACUUGAGAAGUUAAUCUAUGAAGAAAAUGCUGUGAUAGGGGAUCGCCAAUUGGAUUGCCAGACUUUAUAUGAUAUUGCAAUUGGUGUUGUCCGAGGACUUGAAUAUUUGCGCAAGGGCUGCAAUACUAGAAUCUUGCAUUUUGACAUUAAGCCUCAUAACAUUCUAUUAGAUGAAAAUUUCCUACCCAAAAUUUCAGACUUCGGACUUGCAAAAAUUUGCACAAGAAAAGAAAGUAUAGUAUCAAUAUUUGGUGCUAGAGGAACUGUAGGUUAUAUUGCCCCGGAGGUAUUUUCUAGAAACUUUGGUGUAGUAUCACAUAAGUCGGACGUUUAUAGUUACGGAAUGAUGGUCUUAGAGAUGGUUGGAAGAAGAAAGAAUAUCAAGGCUGAUGAUGCAUCGAGUGAGAUAUAUUUUCCUUAUUGGAUACACAAUAGACUUGUAUCAAAUCAAGAGCUUGGUCUGCAAAAUAUAAGAAAUGAAUAUGAUAAUGAGAUGGUCAGAAAGAUGACAAUAGUGAGUUUAUGGUGCAUUCAAACCAAGCCUUCAACUCGACCAUCAAUUAGUAAGGUGGUGGAAAUGUUGGAAGGAAGAACUGAGUUGUUGCAAUUGCCUCCUAAACCAUAUUGGUUUUCUCCUUCAAAUUCUCCCUGAACUUUGAACCAUUGUAGUUUAUAUCUUGUUAGUCAAGACAUUGUAUCAGAAUUUGGUGGAAGCCAAUAAAGAAGGUAUAUUGCCAUUCUUAUUACCUUUAUAAAGACA